AUGGGCCGUCGUAAUAAAUCCCACACCACCUCCUACAGUAAACGUUCAGUUGUCAAGAAAGCUACAUUCAUCACAACCAGCACAACCCAAUCCUCCGAACCCUGUAACUCAUGGCUUGGCGUCGACUUUGGUGGUAGGUAUGUUGGGUAUGACCACAAAUCACCAUCCUCAGGGUCCACUUCUGAAACCCUGGCCAUUGGAAAGGAGAAGACACCCAUGGAGAACUUGAAUAAGCGCCUGGCCUGCUACCUGGAGACAGCGGCUCCAGUGAGGGAACUGGAGAUGGCCAACAGAAAGCUGGAGAUCAAGAUUCAAGAGGCCAUCGAGAAGAGAGGCCCGGAGGAGGAGAGAGACUACAGCAGGUACAACACCAUCAUCUCGGAGUUGAGAGCCCAGAUACUUGAAAUGAUCAAGGACAACACACAUCACGCUAUCGCAGUGGAGAGCGCACGUCUGGCCUCAGACGACUUCAGAGACAAGAUUGAGUAUGAGCUGUCCAUGCGUCAGACAGUGGAGGACGAUGUUGCGGGACUGAGGAAGUAUCUGGAUGACACCAAUGUUAAUUGUAUGCACCUGGAGAGUGAAAUCGAGUCUCUGAAGGAAGAGUUGAUCACCCUUAAGAAGAACCAUGAGAUGGAUGUUGCUGAAAUACGUGGCCAGAUCCACUAUGGGGUCCAUGUGGACGUUGAUGCUCCUAAAGGACAGGACCUGGCCCAGAUCAUGGACGAGAUGAGGGCUAAGUAUGAGCUGAUUGCACCGAAGAACCAGGAUGAGGUCGAAGCAUGGCAUGAAUCUCAGAUCACAGAGGUGCAGGGGCAUGUGGAUGAGCAGUCAUCUGCUCUGAAGGAAGCAACGAAUAAAGUUACUGAAAUUACGAGGAACUAUCAAGCACUGGAGAUUGAACUACAGUCAAUGCUUAGCCUCACUUGA